AUGAGCGGCCUGCCUGGAUUCACCACCAAUUUUCCCGCAGGAUACCCCACGUUUAACGCAAGGGGAGGAACUUUUGCCGGCAAUGCAAGCACCUCGUCCGGUGAAUCCCCUGGCCAGAGUAAUGCUUCGCAUGACAAUGGUGUACAAGCUGUCGCAGCCCUCAUCAACAUCUGCCUCCCGUUCCAAUGGACUACGAACCCACUACACAAUUCCUCAGGACCGCUCCCUCAUAGUUCGGGACCAGCUGCAUACAACCAACCAUGGCCGCGACAAGGUCCCGUAUUGAAUUCCCGGGGCCAACCUGCUCCAGCCUGGGUGUCUCUGGUUCCGUUCAUUCGACGUCUUGUCAUCACGGGCAUGGACAAGGAGGGCAUCAUGCAUGGCUUCUUCGGGGAUGAUUGGAAGAAAGGCGUGGGGCCCGUGCACGAGUGCGAGCGCCGAAAUUACCUGUUCACGGCAAAGAGCGUGGGAUGGGCAAAGGUCAAAUGCCAGUACGAUAUGUCACCACACGAAUCAGUCCCUUUCCUCAAGCCGCUACAGGACGUCCAACUGCCUGAAAUUGAGGGUGCCGAGAAGACUUGGAGUCAGUGGCUAGCAAUGGAAGAUUGGAUGUUGGGUGCAAGAGCCCCGGAAGCAGAGGAUCAAUCGCUAGAUGCUCGUCGACGCGCAUCAUGA